AAUAAUGUACACAUUAUUUUUCAAUUUCAUGUAGAUGAAUGAUAGAGUAUAAUGUGCAUUAACAGCGGUACUUAAGAACAAGUCCGCGUAGCAUCGUCGCCACCCCCUACCAUUUAAUCCGAUUUGCAGCAGACGGCUAUCUGUCCUCAGUCACUUGAGAGACGCCAUGUACGCAGCGCCUCGCGGUCCGAUCCCGGCUGGCUUGCAGCUCCGUCUUCUAAAGCUGAGCGGGGCUCUCUUCACCCACAACAAGACGCGGGACAGCGGCGACCGAGCUGUGGCUUUUAACUCAGCUCACCAGAUGGUGUCCCACCUACCCCUGCAGAUGCUGCUCUAUUUCAACGUCUUCUAUUUUCCCUUCUGGUGGCUCUCUGAAGUUCUGAUGCUGGAGCUGAAGUUACCCCUGCUGGCCGGCUACUACCAGGUUCUGCUUAUUAUGGGAAUGGUGGUCAUCACCUCAACUGAGCUACUGCGGCUUUACCUCGGCUAUAUAGGGAACCUGCAGGAAAAGGUUCCAGAACUGGCCACUUUCUGGCUUCUCACUGUAUUCUUCCAGCUGCCCCUCCUGCUGUUUUUCCAAACCGAUGAAGAGGUUGUCAUCUUGCCCCUGGAGAGGGCUGUUCACCUGAUAUUCCUGCUUUUUCUUGUCUCAGAAACAGUUAUGGCCUUCCUGGCUUUGAAAGCAGUGACUCAGAAACUCACCCUGAAAUAUCAUCUCAGCCAGUUUGACGAUGGCACGGGCCACAACGGGCACCGGCAGAGCGACUUCCUUAUGUUGGGAAACAGAACGUGAGGAGGACAAUCAAAAGACAGAACAUCAGCUACAGUAACGGGAAAGAACUUGUAGGCAGCCAUAAAGCUCAAGCAAUACUCAAUAUGGCACUGGGAACUAAAUUAACUUUGCACUCAUAUUACACAGCCUGCUUGCGAAAUAUUAUACUUUCAUACGGUGUACAAUGUUUUUCAUUCCUAUUUAUUACUAUUAUGUUGCACUGUUUGCUUAUCCUUAUCAUUACUUGUUUUCCUUAGUAUACCGUUGUUAGUCUGGGAUAACAUAUUUCUUGGGCUCUGCUAGGAGAAACACUUAAGACAGUUUUCCACCAAUGGUUUCUAGCAAACACCGAUUGGUUUAUUGUACCAAAAGAACUUGGUCUUGAAAGUUAUAAAAAGUGUCAGCACAUAUAACAACAUUUGAGAACCCCUCAUCUACUAGACACACUGGAACACCAGAACUGCUGAAAUGCACCUUUUAAAUUGCAGCCCUCCAUCUUCUUGGAGGGCUUCUUCUCCCUACAGAUUUUAUUUAUUUAUUUUUUUUUUUUCUCCAGCCGUCUGGAGUU